AUGUAUUCACAGAGACAAGAAACAUGCCUGAAGAAUGACAUCUUGCGCCUGAACAUCAAGAAAGAACCACACUUGGAUCCCAACACUGUGUGUAAGACGUACCCCGAGUUGUCCCAGACUCAGUACGACUUGUGUCGAAAGUACCCUGAUGUUACUGCGUCCGCUAUACAGGGUGUACAGAUCGGCAUCCAUGAGUGCCAGCAUCAACUGCGUACUCAUCGCUGGAACUGCUCCAGCCUCGAGAGGAAAAACAAAAACCCUCAUGCUAGCCCCCUUUUGAAAAGAGGUUUCAAGGAGACAGCAUUCGCAUAUGCAAUAUCUGCUGCGGGCGUCACACAUCAAGUAUCGAAGGCCUGCAGUCUGGGCAAGCUGAAGUCCUGCGGCUGUGACAUGAGCGUGUACGGGUUGAACAGAGACUUCGAGUGGGGAGGAUGCAGUCAUAACGUUGACUUCGGAGAGCAGUACGCGAAACGAUUCAUGGAUUCCAAAGAGAUGGCCCGGGAUAUCCACUCCCGUAUAAAUCUCCACAACAAUCGCGCUGGAAGAUUGGCUGUGAUCCGUAACGUCCAGAAGCAGUGCAAGUGUCACGGAAUGUCGGGCAGCUGUGAGCUGAAAACGUGCUGGAAAGCUGCGCCUAACUUCAGAGAAGUUGGGGAUCUGCUGAAGCGCAAGUUCAAGGCCGCCACCAAGAUUCACAUCGGAAAUGCAGCCAGUGGGCGGUUAAUAAAGCAGAAUGGUCGUCGCCCUCGCCAAUCAGAUCUGCUGUACUAUCAGAAGUCGCCGAGCUUCUGUGAGCCGAACAACCGUCUUGAUUCCCCCGGCACGACCGGUCGCCUGUGCAACAAAUCUAGUGACGGUGUAGACAACUGUGGAACACUAUGCUGUGGCCGAGGUUAUAACAUCCUAAAAGUCCGACGAUCUGAGAGGUGCAACUGCAAAUUCUACUGGUGUUGUUACGUAGAGUGUCAGACAUGUACUUAUAAUGAGUGGGUAACAGUCUGCAAGUGACCCCUGACAGAAGCCACACACUGUGGUAAUCAGUAAAGAGAGUUCACGUGGAGCCAAGGAUGUCGGCACUGUGAACACAGAAUCUGACGCAUUAUCACCAAGUGCCUGAUGUCGAAGUAGAUACAGCGACCAAGUGGCAAUGCUAACUGCAGCAGGGUAAGGUACAGAGAUACCUUCAGGUGACAAGACUAGACAUGUCGUCUUCAAUCGGAACGUAACACGCAUAAUUGAAAGUUUUGACAUUGUUGAAGAUCACCUACGUUGUAACUUGUUUGAUGUAUAUAAGUUUCUAUGUGAGGUGUCCCAUAGGUGGAUUUUUCCUGUAGCGUUGUAUUUAUAAGACAUGUAUAGUGGUUGCUGGAUCUGUGUUGCGAGACACCAGCAUCACUUCCGGAUCAUCAAUAUCAAAAGUGGCAACAUUGAUGUAUUUCAAAUAAAUUGUGUGUGUCUACAGAAAAUGUCCUAAACACCCACAAUAGGUGGUCAUGACAUUAAUCGUCAGCAAGCUUGUUCCCCCUUUGAGUGAGGAAGUGAGUGAGUGAGUGACCCACUUUAAUCAAUAAUCCAGCAAUAUUAAGGCGGGGGCACCAAAAAUGACCUUCUCACACAUUGUACCUAUUAACAGAAGGGUUAAUACACCUACCUAAAACAACAUUGAAAGGCUGAACGACAAAUUACAAAUACAAUUUCUAAUAUCUAA